AAUGGUGGCCCUGCAUGAAAUUUUAUGAUGCUUGUCUCACCAUUGCUGCCAUCCUUCUCAAUAGUGUAGGUUGAAGCCUAUGUCGGGUCUACAUGGAACCUUUGCUUGUGUUUAUGGCAUCAUGUUCCUAUAUCUGAAAAAAUAAAUGAGAAAAUAUUGACACUUGCACAUGGACUUCGUAGUGCGAGGCCCAUAAUGUUGUGGUAUAUUUUAUUAUGCCUUGAUGGGCAGUUUCUUCACUUUAAUCAUAUUCUGCUCGAUUAGAUUAAAGAAAGAACUCUUCAAAACCGAAGUAGUAAAUGCUGAAGCCUUUUCUAAAUGCAAAUUCCCAAUCUAGAGAAAACAGCUAGAAAUGCCGCCCUAUCACUGUGAAGGGUAUCAACUGGUCCCAUAAAUCUCCAAAAUUUGUCAUGGCAUUCCAUAUAGAUUCUUUAGCCAACUUUCUAAUUUGCAUCGCGCCCACUUUAUUCCAGUGCAGUAGCCCUUCUAUUUAUCCUUCGUUCUUCCUAUCUGUAACGUGUGAUCAAUUAGUCAUCCCCUUGUUCAUGCAGAAUGAUCGCUAAACCAAACAUAAGUUCACGCUUCCAAUUUAGCUAUGUCCUCCUCCUUUUAUCUUUCCUGAGUCAUCAUUGUACUUCUCAAAAGACUUGCCCAAACUGUGGUUCCUUACAAAUUCCAUAUCCUUUAAGCACUGACCCUAGCUGUGGUGAUCCAUCCUAUAGCCUUCACUGUGAUCCCAAAUCUAAAAAACUCUACUUUAACACCCUCAAUGGAAGUUCCUAUUCCGUUCUCAGAAUUAUGUCUUCGAUCCAACGCUUGGUGGUGCAGCCAUCACCUUGGCUUUCUAGUUCAUGUGUUACCCAAGAUAUGCCUGUAAGUGGUGGCUUCUCGUUAAACGAGUCACUUCCUUUCAAAAUAACUUCAUCCAACACAGUCUUCCUCUUUAACUGCUCACCUCGCCUGUUGGUUUCUCCUCUCAAUUGCACUUCUUCUAGUCUCUGUCACCGUUACUUGGAGAGCUCAGGACAUGUUGACAGCAAAAGAGCUCUUCAGUGUGCCAGUGGUGUUGGCCCUUGUUGCACCUUUGUUCCAGGUGGGAUGCCUUCAGCAUACAAGAUACGCCUUCACAGCUCUGGCUGUAAAGCGUUCAGAAGCAUCCUUCAUUUAGAUGCAGAGAAACCUGCUUACCAGUGGGAGGAAGGUCUUGAAAUUCAAUGGGCUUCUCCUCCUGAACCUCUCUGCAGGGCGCAGCAAGAUUGCUCUGGAGCUUCUAUCUGUUCCCCACCUGAAAAAAAUGGUGUCUUUCGCUGUCUUUGCAAGGUAGAAUACCAUUGGGACCCUAUGGCUGCAACUUGCUUGAAGAACAAGAAAAAACCUAAAUCACGGGUCAGCUUAACAGUCUCGACUGUGGUUGUAACUUUUUUUUGUCUAGCCACAGUUGUGGCCAUCAUCUUAAGGAGGUCCUGGAAGCUCUCUUACCGGUCAAAGCACGCAAAGACAAUAGAAGAUGUGAUAAAGUCAAAUUCUGGAGAGACACCUGCUAGGAUGUUUAAACUGAAGGAGGUGAUAAAAAUAACAAAUGGAUUUUCUAAAGACAGAAUUUUGGGGAAUGGUGGGUUUGGGGAAGUCUACAGAGGUGAACUUCAAGAUGGGACAGUCGUGGCUGUGAAGAAAGCUAGAUUGGGCAACCUCAAAAGCAUCCAACAGAUACUAAACGAGGUUGCAAUUCUAUCUCAAGUCAAUCACAAGAACCUAGUCAGGCUCCUAGGUUGCUGUGUAGAAUCUGAGCAACCUCUGAUGAUCUAUGAGUACAUCUCAAACGGGACCCUCCACGACCAUCUUCAUGGUAGGUAUUCUAACUUCCUAGACUGGAAAACGAGGCUGAAGGUUGCUUUUCAAACUGCUGAAUCAUUGGCGUAUCUUCAUUCUGCUGCACAUACUCCCAUUUACCAUAGAGAUGUGAAGUCCACAAACAUACUGCUAGAUGAUGAAUUUAACGCUAAAGUUGCAGAUUUUGGGCUCUCCAGAUUGGCUAACCCAGGACUUAGUCAUGUGUCAACCUGUGCUCAGGGAACAUUGGGCUAUUUGGAUCCUGAGUAUUACCGCAACUACCAGUUAACUGAUAAAAGUGAUGUUUAUAGUUAUGGGGUUGUGUUGCUGGAGCUUUUAACUUCCCAGAAGGCCAUAGAUUUCUCAAGAGAGCAAGAUGAUGUAAACCUAGCAAUUUUUGUUAGUCAACGUGCCAGCAACGGGUCAAUCAUGGAACUGGUAGAUCAGAGGCUCCUAGUGUCUAAGGAAGCGUCUGACGAUAAAGUGAAAACAAGCGUACAACUUUUCUCAGAGCUAGCACUCAGCUGCCUGAGAGAAAAGAAAAGCGAAAGGCCAAGUAUGAAGGACAUUGUUCAACACCUUCAGAGCAUCAUUAAAAUUAUAGAUCAAGUGAGGAAUAGUGAUCAGGUAUCUGUUUAAGUGUGCUGUGUAACCCGUAUGCCCCUGCACUAGCUACAAUGUUUUUUUUUUUCACCUUUAUUGGCCACCUAGCAAUAUUUAUAUUUGAGUUUAGAUGAACGUUAUUGUGUACGAAGCUAUAAUAUUGUUAGAUA